GUCCCUUCUUUCUUCCUCAUACCCAUGGCGUACAGAGCACCAUCCCCAUCACCGUUCAGAGCACCAUCGCCCUACAGAGCGCCAUCCCCCUACGGAGCGCCAUCGCCCUACGGGGCACCUUCUGCUUAUGCCACCGCAGAUAGUCAGUAUCAUCCCCAACCAUUUGCUGCGGGGCCCGGUGGCCAGAUCGUCCCAGGCGCAAUAACGUACACGACAUCCACUGGGCCCGAUGGCAGAGUUAUCUAUCACCCGUUCAAGGCUGUAUCUGCAAGUUAUUCCACUGCCAAUGGCAUUGUUAGUGGCAUCCAAUGGGUUCCGGCUGAAGCCACUCAGAUCCUCCCUCCAGGAGCACAGCCAGCGACCUCGGAAUUCGCCGCAUCAUGGAACCGAGGUAACCCUAGUAAGGAGGAACAAAAGUCACUGAAAGACUGGCAACGCGAUGAAGAAAAACGAAGAAAAAAAGAAGAGAAGGAAUCAACCAAGCGUCGGGAGCAAGAGCGUAUGGGGCAUGGCCGAAACGAUUCUGAAUAUGAACUUCGAAAGGCUCGUGAACGUGACACUCAGGAACGUGAGCGACGCAAGUCCUUCAAUGCAGGCGUUCCUGGAUAUCCUUUGGCUCCAGGUGGUACAGGGUAUCCUCCAAGCCCGUACUCGAACCUCAAUGAACCUCCCAGUGGUUACAACGCCGGCGGCGCCCCCUAUGGCGCCGCGACAUCUGCGUAUACCCGAGGUGUGAGCGGCAAUUAUACUGAUCUUAGUCGCCAAUUUAACGACCUGGACAUCGACCGUAACCGCGAUUAUCCUGGAGAGAAGGCCAGUGGGCUCGGCCGCCCUCGCAAAUACAGUGUCCAUGAAACCGCGCAAGACAGGCCUCGCCCGAUCAGUGGUAACUAUGGGGCUCCCUACGGAGCUCCAGGUCCAUACAGCGCGGCCUCCAGCACGUAUGCGCCCGCCGCGGGACCUUACAGUAACCCGAGACCCUAUCCAACAGCGCCAGCUAGUCAACCCCAGUAUCCAUCUUCUGGAUCGUAUUCUAACAACCCCUCGCCCAAUAUGCGCUCGAGUGAAGUCCCUUACGCACAGACUACCCAUUCUGGGUAUCCAGGAUCCACUUUCGCCUCCCCUCCCCGUGGUCCAGUUCCGAUCGCGCCCAUUGCGCGAUCUACCACUCCCUUUGGUGGCCCACCGCCCCAAAUUUAUCCUAGAGGGCAUGUGAUGGAGGGUCAGCCGAUACCUCAGCCGUCAAGGGCAACGACUCCGAUUCCUGGUGUCAUUCCCGCAUCUGGUGCGGGAGCCCCUUAUACCAACCCACCCUCUACAUACCCUGGACAGAGGUCCAGCUCUCCUCUUCCUCCUGGUGCUGCACUCCCUCCAAUGGAACAGCAGCAGCAAUUGCCCGCACCAGAAGCAUUCUCGCGUCCUAUCAACGCAGCGCUCCCCUAUACACCCUUUGAAACUAUGAAAAUCCAGGACAUGGACGAAUUUUUCGACCAUAUCCCGAGAAUGCCAUUGGCUUUGAAGCCCCAUGACGUUCAUAAUGAGGAUUGGUUCCGUCUGAUGGAGGACUUAUCACUGUCUUGGGCUGGCAAAUUGCCCGUUCAAAGCCUUGGUCGGGAUGGAAGGCCCCCAAAACCAUCGACUCUCGCGGCUGAGCUCAUCGACCUUUGGAAUACAUCGUUCUUUCUUGCCCGCGGUAUCGAGGUUGUCCUUUACAAAGGUCGUGAGAGGCGUUCGGGAAGUCAAAUAGGAAAAGUUGAUUUGAAUAUGCCCAGCUACGAUGAUGACUCAGAUUCAUCAUCGUCAUCCGAAGAAGACACGGAUGACGAUGAUUACGGCAACACGCCAGCAGGGCCUUACGGACGUCCCAGUGGUCAACCUUCUCUUUCAGAAAUUGCCGCUGGGCGCCGUCGACGUCAUGAGACGAAGCAAGAGAGGAGGCAGCGUCACAAAGAGAAGAAGCAGAGACGCAAGGCGAAGGCCAGAGAAAAAAGAUAUGCGUUAUACAUCACCUGCUUGCCAAUGAGUGGACCCAAUGGCAUUGCAGCAACAGGGAUGCCAGGUGGGUAUCCUGGUGUGCACUCCAUGGGUAAUUAUAAUCACGGAAGAGGAGGAGGUUAUCAGAAGUGAAAUGCGACGGAAGGAUAAAUGACUAGAACAUGAUGACACAACUGGCCUCUAAUUUCUAUCCAACCGCAUGUACAAUUAUCUGAUUCAAAACCAAUGUGUUAACUU